CCCCGCCAGCGUCCGAUAAGUGUGGCGUUUCCGUUGAAAUCGAGUGCUACCUCCUUGGGCAUCCACUAUGGUCAAACUGGCGAAAGCAAUUCAGCUUCUCUCAUCGGACCUAUUUCACCUGGCGACGGUGGCCAACUGAAUGACUAUUUUGCUCCCGCUCCCAUUGCAGUUUGUCUGAGCUGUGGUGCUGUAUGUAGCUCUUGUGACGGUCAAAUGUCAGCAUCGCCCACCUCAAAUAGACUUACUAAUUCCUUGUCUACCUCCUACCGGCCAGACAAGUUGGUUACAACUUCCCUUGGCAACCAGGCCAACGGGUUUAGAGGCUUGUGCGCCUCCGACCGAAUUCAUGCGGCCACUCUCGAUACAGCAACCGGGACCGAGGGAAUCGUUGUCACCGACGAGAAUGGGGCGUCACUAAUGAGGGAGUCUCUGACGGUCAGCUCGUUAAACAGUCUGUUGGGAUCGGAAACGAGUCCAGGAGGCAAGAUAGUAGACAUUUUGUUUGCCAUCGUCUUUAAUUUUUAUUGUAGUUAG